AAUUCAUAUCAUGAUGUAUUUUCCAAUCAUAGACUUAGUGAUAAUAUACCUAUUAUUAUGAACAAAUUACAAAAUAAUAUUAUGUAAAUGUACAAUCAUCAAGAUCAAUCAAGAUGCACUCCCAACCUACGCCGGUUUAACCAGCUUCUAGUGUGAUGCCCGUACGAUUUGUAUUAUUAUAAGUCGACCUCCCAUAUUUUGGUAUACUUUCUUGCCGACCGUUGGAAUGAAGCAUUUAUAAGUUACAUUGUGAAGUAUUCGGUUGGGGGGAGGGGGGCAGGGUACCUAGUUGUUACAAUAAUAUAUCCGCGGCGGCGAGGCGGAUGUAAUUAAUUAAUUUUUGCGCACACGGUGCACACGCGGCGUAAUAUAAUACCUGUUGUUACGCCGUUAUAGAUAGGUACUUAACCAACUAACGAUAUUAUAAUAAUAAUAUGAUAUUACAUGUCCGUCGACUCGUGGCGUGUGUUUGCCGCCACGGCGUGUGCCCAGAGUCAUCUCGUCCGCGGAAAGCAAAAUUUUCUUUGCUCCGGUUACGGCGACGUGGCCACUAUCAUUGUGUCUGAGUAUGGGGAUCGGCGACAGUAUAAAAUACGCAUCGAGCUGACGACCACCAUCAGACUACGCCAACCUGUUGCGACUGCAGUCGAAGUUGACCGGACCACAGAGUACAUCAAAGAUACUAUACCAUAAAAAUAAUACCUGUUGAAUAGGUGCUGUAAUAUAGUGGUAUUAACAACUUUUGUUCCAGUGCAAAGUCGCAAUAACAAUAAUAUUGUAAAAUAAUACUCUUGAAGAAUAACCGCUUUAACGACAUCGCCAUGGCUGCUAAGCUGUUCUACGUAGCGUUGGCGGUCGCGUGCUGUGCGAGGAUGACUUCGGGCAGGCCGUCAGCAGUGCCGUUUCCUUUCGCUCCGCCGCCGCCGACCCCGUCGGAAGUCGUGACGACCGCAUCGGCAGCGCCGUCCGGAUACGACUUUGGCUACCCCCAAGUCGACACUCACCUUCAGCAGCAGCAGCAACAGCCGUCCGAACACGAAGACUUCGGCCAUCGCGUUAAUCAACUGCAGCAGCCGUCCGAACACAAAGACUUCGGUCAGAACGCCGCCGACGUUGCCGGCUCGUCGUAUCACUUCGCGUACUCGGUGGAAGACCCGCUGACCGGAGACGUGAAGAGCCAGAACGAAGUGAGCGACGGCCGCGGCACGGUCAAAGGAACGUACAGUCUGGUCGAAGCAGACGGUUCCACUCGGGUGGUCGAGUACACGGCCGACGACGAGCACGGGUUCAACGCCGAAGUGAAGAGGAUCGGACCGCAGCACAGGUACGGGGCGGCGGCGUCCGACUUGGAAUUCGCGAGACUCGGCGGCGACAGUGGUGGCGACACGUCGGUGGAGAUAAUACGUUCCACUGACCAGCAACACAUGCACUUUUACUACCCCGAACAAUACGUCAUCACGUCCGUGCGACGGUGAUUUUUUUCUCGUGUUUUGUUUUCCGUUUUUGGUCGCGAUCUAACGGUUGAGAGUGUACCGUGUCCGUAUUGUAUAUUGUAUAUAAUAUAUAGGUGAUAUAAUAUUAUUAAAAUACAACAGUUAUAAUAUUAA